UAUAAAAUGUAAAUAAUUUUUCCUCAAUGAAAAUAUUUUGAAAAAAAAGCUCGACAAAAAUUCGUCCAAUUAAGCCAAAUUGCAUCGAAGUCCAAUCCCAGACCGAAGAGGAGCGAAGAGAAGAUAGGAAAGAUGAAGAAGCAGAAAAAAAAAGUGAAUUAAUGGGAACAGUUCCAACAAUUAACUACUAAGUUAUUGUAUUUUACAUAAGACAGUCGGGCUUGUCUGGUCCCUGAUGCUACGUGUUCUAUUAUUUUACUUUUUGUUGGCUUAGUAAUCAAAUCGGAUGUGAAAAAUUUCGGUGGUGGGGAUUAUUCAAAAAUUACAUUCUCGGCUGUAAAACCUUAUUACGAAAAUAGCCAUAGAAAGUUGACGUGCUUUAUAUUUCGUCGUGAUUCUAUCGGUGAUAAGUGUUUUUCCCCUCUUUUCUUAUCGCGAAUUUUCGUAUUGUUUUUGAAUUUACAUUGUGUUCAGAAGUGAUUUUCCAAAUAAACGAGUGUCGCUCGGGGUUGGAAUUUUUUCGAACGAAGAAAUGUGAUUUUAAGUGGCAAUAAUGAAAAAAGAAAUCAACGUUACUGAUCAUUUAAAGGCGCCGCCUAUUUUGAACUCGAAUGUGUAUAAAAUUAGAGAAUUUGAUUUAGAAAAGGUCAGUUUAGCAGAAGAAUUUGACAUAUUGCAAAUAGUCGGCGAAGGAUGGUUUGGUAAAAUUUUAUUAGUUGAGCAUAAGUCUACGGAUACGGAAAUGGUACUAAAAGCAUUACCCAAACAGUAUAUCAGUUUGAAAGAUUUUUUUCGAGAAUUUCAUUACGGUCUUCAUUUAGGAGUACAUAGAAAUAUUGUUACCACUUAUAACGUUGCAUUUGAGACUGCUGGAUUUUAUGUUUUUUCCCAAGAAUAUGCUCCGCUUGGCGACCUAACGUCUAACGUAUCCGAAAAUGGCAUAGGCGAACUGUACAGCAAAAAGGUCGCUAAACAGCUAGCAGCAGCUAUAGAAUACAUCCACGAUCAGAAUCUGGUCCACAGGGAUGUGAAACUAGAUAACAUACUGGUUUUCAAGUCUGAUUUUUCUCGUAUAAAAUUAUGCGAUUUAGGAGAAACGAGAAAAACUCACGCUUUAGUCAGGAGAAGAAACGAAUGGUUACCUUAUUCACCUCCUGAGGUCUUGGCUACCAAUACUGAUCAAACUUAUAGAGCUGAACCGUCCCACGACGUAUGGCAAUUUGCAAUCGUUUUAUUCGUAUGUCUAACUGGUUGCCUACCUUGGCAAAAGGCAGGCAGCGAUGAUCCUAGAUACGUUAGUUAUUUAUUAUGGCACAAUAGUAACGGAGUCAUGAUGGCUGUCCGGAGGCCGAAACUCUUCAAGUUAUUAUCUUCUAAAGCUCAAAGACUUCUAAGAAAGUUUCUAGAACCGAAAAAAGAAAGAAGACCUUCGGGUUUGAAAGAUCUCGCCAAAUAUUUAGAUGAAAAAUGGCUCAAUAAAUCGAUUACUGAUAAAAGUAACGAUCGCUUCGAAGAUGAAACUUUAUGCCCCUCUAUGUACAGCUUCCAUAGUAGUCCUGCAGAAAAGAAAAAAUUACUUCAUGUUCUAACCGAGUACGGAGUCGAGACAACCGUCGAUAGAUCCGCUAAAAAGGUACGCAUACAGCAAUGGAUACAAAACAGUGUGAUCAAAGAAGAAGAUGAAGAUAUGUCACCAGAUAACGAAGACGUCGAGUUUUCUCAUUUGCAAUACCAAAGACAUGUUUCUGACAGUGCUACUGCUUCUUCAUCCACAACUGGAGAUUCUUACCGAUCAAAGUGAUCCUUUUUUUUCUUAUGAAUGGGACUUUGUUAGAACUGAGAAUAUUAGGUUUGGUAAUGAUGAACUGAUAGUUAUGGACAUUUUUGAAAAUAUUCCGAAAAGUACACAAUUAUUUUUAUUUAUUAUAUUUUUAAUUAUUAUGUGUCGAAUGUCCUAUUUUAUAUCUCCUGUAUUAGAUGUUAUGUUUUUACCUGCACAAGAAUAUACAUUUUUUCUAUGAAA